ACGUAUUUUUUCCCCAUUCGACAGUUUGGACCCGGAAUACGUCUUGGAUUUCUCUAAUUAGAGAAGCCUCUGCCUUCUGGCUUUCAGAAUAAUCUAUUUCAAAGGUUAGCAGAGCUCUGUAAAGCUUCAAUGGUCACUAAUCCCGCAUGAUCCUGCGGAUGAUAUCGGUCGAGACAUAAUUCCUGGCAUGUCAGGAACCAUGUCCCAGAUGCGAGUGAUCGUACAUGGUCGGUCCGCAAGCAUAACACGAGACCUUGCCCUCCUCCUUGGGCACAAAAGGCACUGGCGGCCAGACUUGAGUGAGUUGGUGGACCUUCAAUUGCUCCAUUGCUGCGUUUGUCUUUGCGCUGAACAUCCGAAACUUGCUGCUACAGCCUUUGAGUCACAUGCUAAAAGGAAUCUUCCUGGUGAUGGGGAGGCCAAAAUGAAGACGCACCUCUCCAUCCGUACCGCAGUCACGGAAGCGAUAAAAGUGAACAAGACCUUCGGCAGAGUAGACGAGAUGCUGCCGCCGUAUUUGGAUUCUUUGUAUAAGGAAUCUAUAGACGGAGAAGAUUAUACCAUCUUCGGACGUCACGAAGUACUUGGAGGACCAAUCCAUAGGAGAUGCGUUGAAUGUCACGAGACCGGAUGUCAUGAUACGACUGGUUCACCGUAUUCUUAAUUUUCACCUCAUGUUGUCAUCCAGACUCAUUCAUUACCUAGUUCAUAACUCCGGAUACCCACUACCCUAAGGACAACCCCUCUCAUAAAUCCAGAAAUCACUACAUACCUGCCCAGCUCCAGUUGU